AUGGCAAGAGGUUAUCAGGGCGGUGUCGGCAAGUGCACAAGUUCCAUGAAACAUGCCCCUUGUGGAAAGAGAAACCAGCUGACGUUUCAGCAAUUAAAACAACAACGAGACAAACUGAAGCAGUACCAGAAAAGGAUUGGCAUCCAACUGGAAAAGGAGCGGGAGCUCGCCCGACAGUUGCUGCGUGGGGGCAAGAAAGAGAAAGCCAAGCUCCUGCUCAAGAAAAAAAGAUAUCAGGAGCAACUUCUUGAUAAAACUGAAGUUCAGAUUAGCAAUCUUGAACAAAUGGUUCAAAACCUUGAAUUUGCUCAAAUCGAAAUGAAAGUUAUAGAAGGUCUGAAAAUUGGAAAUGAUUGUCUUAAUAAAAUGCACGAGGUUAUGUCUCUUGAAGAAGUAGAACGAAUAAUGGAUGAGACCCAGGAAGCUAUCGAAUACCAGCAGCAAAUUGAUGACAUUUUAGCGGGUGGUUUCUCACAAGAUGACGAGGAUGCGAUUCUGGCGGAGUUAGAUGCCAUAACUCAGGAAGAAGUUGAACUUCCAGAGGUUCCUGCAGAACCACUACCAAAUAUUCCUGCACGUGAAAAAGACAGAGAACCAGUUAAAAACCUGCAGAAACCAGCGAUGGUGGCAGCGUCGUAACUGAAGUUUGUACACUUCAUUGACGUAUGUCUUCAGUGUGUUCUCUGGAGUUGAACAUGGAGUUGGUUCACGAUCCCUGUCGGAGGGAUGGAAAGUUCACUCGACACACUUAUCCGAAAGAACCUUUUUUAAAUUCUUGUGCAAUUAUUUACCUUUUAAAAAUGCUGACAUACUUUCACAUUUGUAUUUUUUAAAAGAAUCCAAACACGAGCAGUGCUUCAGAAUCUAAAGAAUCAAAGUCCAUAAUCUGCAUCCCUAAAUGGGAACUUUUGUCACCCAAAGGUGACGUGUAAUUUUUAUUUUUUUUGGUCUCUGCUCAGGCCUAAUAUUUGGUUUGAUUAAAUCUGCACUGAUGUACUAAUGUAGCAGAUAAGUAAUGUGACUAACAUCUAUCUAUAAAGCAUUAUUUUUUCUGAAUAUAUUUCAAUUUCUGCAGUCGUGGAGGAUGAAAUCGAGCCCUCGAGAGGACUCCAGUCUGUAAAGUUGCUGGAGAGGGUGCAGAUUUGGCAUUGACAAUAUGGUCACCGUAAGCAUUGUCCUUUUAACAUUCUCUGACAUGAAGCACUUCUUAAGUUAUAUUUAAGAUGAUUUGUACUGAAGAUCUUAUGGGACAUGAGCAGUAUUGCAAAUUGUUAUCUUCCCUAGAAUAAUUAUAGAAGGGCCUCGACUGAACUCCCUGGAACAUUAUAAUACAGUACUUUGGGCUGUGUAUAAAUGUAGAUUUCUAAAUGGAAGGAAUUGAAAUAUCAGUUACAAAAUUCAAUCACGUUUUCAAAUGGUUGCCAUAUAGAUAUCUAUUUCACUAAGAAUUGAUCACAUGUGUACUCCGUAGUUCAUAUUUUGCAAUUUUACAACAUUCUUUACAUUUUUAAAUAAUAUCACUCAGUAGUGCAGAAUUUGGAAGGAUUGAUAUUUAUUGAAAAAACAUAAGAUUUUCUUAUUUUUGAGUCACUAGCCAAGCUGUCAAUAUUCUGUUUGAUAAUCAUGUUUAAAAACUAGAUAUUUCAUUUUAACUUGAUCUCCGAAGGCACCAAAGGGAAUAGUUUUGUAUCGCAUGGUUAGACUGUUUCUUGACCUACUUCCUGCGUUGAUCUGUAUUCGGACACAUUGUUCUCAGUUCAGUCUUUUCACUUGGAGGAUCUAAUUCAAAAAUCUACCUCCUGAAACAAUGUCAUUCGAUUUUGCCCGUCUAAGUGUUCAAGUUCCCUUUGUGCACAAUGGCUUUACGCCUGCCGUCAAAUAAACCUUAGAAGAGAGAGGUAAAAUGAUAAUUGGAUGAGUGGAAAGCCCCAGAUGAAACUGCACCAGAGAUGGGUGAGAGGUACACGAUAAUAAAGUGAAGUAGGGUGGAGAACAUGUGACAAGCUCUCCACAUGGAAAGCAACUGGAGGUGAUCAUGGUCUAAGGAACAAGGUGUGUGCCUCUCAGUAAUGAGUGUAAUGAAAGGUGAUUAUUACAAUGUGACGCAAAUGACAAAAUUAAUUCUAUAUUUUUUUACUUGUCUGUUGUGGAUGAGGUAAGCUUGCUUUCAUAUCUAAAAUCUUUAUACAAAUUUUGAAUAUCAUAAUUUGAUUGACAAUUAUUACAGCACACACCGUACAAACUGGGCAUGCAUUCACUCGUGUACUUAUUUGACCUGGUGUUUGAGUUGUGCAGCUGAAUAUCGCAGAACAAAAUGUCAAUUUCUAUCAAGGUUGAUUUUAACACCUCUAGCAAAUGCAUCAUUUGGGUGUGAUUACUUUUUUUCUACCAUGCUUUAAAAUGUUCAGAUGCAAACCCCUUUGACCUCUGUAAUUUCUACAAAUUGUCUUUGACAUUGCAAAAUAGAAUAAAAGCAAUUUAACCAUG